UUUCUCUUCUGCUCAGGUUGUGUUGGGGAGAUGGGGGAGUCCCCAGGGGGCAGGGCAGCCAGGAGGGUCCCCCAAGAAGAGAGAGAAGGGGGCCUGGGAAGCUCCGCUUUGCAAGGGUUCCAAGGAGCAGCGCAGAAGGCCAGCCACGAGGGCCAGGGAGUCAUCCUUCUUAGGGACCCCCAGAGUCAUCUAGCCGAACCCGCGGCCGCGCAGGAAUCUCUUGCCCAACCUGGGGCUCGAACCCAAGACCCUGAGAUCAAAGGGACUCAUGUUCUACCAACUUUGCUCCCCUGCCUUAUUCGGGUUUGUUUCUGCAAUCCGCGUGGCUCCUCCUAAGCUUCUCAGGGAGAGAAAAUGUGAGCUUGGUUUGGUCCACCUUGCAAGGGUUAAAAGGAAAUGAGCUGUAUUCCUAGAGAGGACAGGAAAUAAAGGAGGGACGAGGUCCUCCCGAACAAAAGCCCCUCCCGCUCCCUGCAAGAGGGGGAAGGUGGCUUUCGUCUCCUCUGCAGGAGCUGCCUCAGUUUCCCUUCAGGGACCUGGAUUUGCUAAAACCUCUCAUUAGUUCAUACAUAAUUUGGCAGAAGACGUAGGGACUUCUUUCGAUUUCUUGGAGGUGUCCUGAGAACAGUGAUGGAAGAGCAAGACUCAGCUGGGCCUGAUGCAGGAAGAGGCCCUUCCAUCCAAACUCUUAUCCAUGGAAGAAUCUGGGGAAAGUCUGUCCAAAGGAUCCUGGGUGAGGAGGACACCCUCCGCUCAGAUGUGCAGAGCCAGCAACUCAGGCGGCUUUGCUACCAGGAGGCCAAAGGAGCCCGAGAGGUUUGCAACCGACUCUACCACCUUUGCCGUCAGUGGCUGAAACCAGAAAUCCACACGAAAGCUGAGAUGCUGGACCUGGUGAUCUUGGAGCAGUUCCUGGCUGUCCUUCCAGCAGAGAUGGAGAGCUGGGUGAGGGAAUGUGGAGCGGAGACCAGUUCCCAGGCGGUGGCCCUGGCUGAAGGUUUCCUCCUGAGUCAGGCAGAGGAGAGAAAGCAGGCAGAGCAGCAGGGGAAGGAUCAGUUUCCAGAAAUGGGUCUGGAUUCUUCUGAGGUAGAGAGAACUCCGUUGGACUCCAGAGAGAGGCCACGGGGAGACCGAAGGAUGCCAGCAAGACCUGUUUGUCCAUCUUUUCUUGGUGGCGAAGGGGAAGCUGCCCCUGUGGAAGCAGAGCAGGGUCCAUUGUGCUUUGAAGAUGUAGCUGUGCAUUUCACAGACGAGGAGUGGGCGUUGCUGGAUCCUGAGCAGAGAGCUCUGCACAAGGAAGUCAUGGAGGAGAAUCGUGGGAUCUUGGACUCUCUCGGUGGUGAUGAAUUGGAGCUGAAGAACGAGGGAGACCACGACAAAAGCCACAGAGUGGAGAAGUCAUAUCCAUAUUCAGAGUGCAGAGAGAGCUUCAGUCAGAGCUCCCAUUCCACUUCAAAUCAAAGAACUCCCCUUGAGAAGAAACCCCAUCAGUGCUUGGAAUGUGGAAAGAGCUUCAGGGAGAAAAACCAGCUCACUGUCCAUCAGAGAAUUCAUACAGGGGAGAAACCCUAUCAGUGCCAAGAGUGUGGAAAGAGCUUUAGUCAAAAGGGCAGUUUAAAUACCCAUCAGAGAAUUCAUACAGGGGAGAAACCUUAUCACUGCUUGGAGUGUGGCAAGAGCUUCUUUCAAAGAAGCCAGCUCACUGCCCAUCAGAGGAUUCAUUUGAGGGAGAAACCUUAUCGAUGCUUUGAAUGUGGAAGGAGCUUCAGUCAGAGCACCCAGCUCACUUUCCAUCACAUACUUCAUUCCGGGGGGAAACCAUAUCACUGCUUGCAAUGUGGAAAGACUUUCACUUGGAAAAUAAGUCUCACUUCCCAUCAGAGAAUUCAUACAGGUGAGAAACCCUAUCACUGCUUGGAAUGUGGAAAGAGCUUCAGGGAGAGAAACAAGCUCACUGUCCAUCAGAUAAUUCAUACAGGGGAGAAACCUUAUCAGUGCCAAGAGGGUGGAAAGAGCUUCACUCAAAAGGGCCGUUUAAAUUCCCAUCAGAUAAUUCAUAGAGGAGAAAAACCUUAUCACUGCUUGGAGUGUGGCAAGAGCUUCUUUCGAAGACGCCAGCUCACUGUCCAUCAGAGAAUUCAUAUAGGCGGAGAACCCUAUCAGUGUUUGGAAUGUGGCAAGAGCUUCAGGGAGAGAAGCAAUCUAACUGUCCAUCAGAGAAUUCAUACAGGGGAGAAACCCUAUCAGUGCCAAGAGUGUGGAAAGAGCUUCAGUCAAAAGGGCAGUUUAAAUUCCCAUCAGAGAAUUCAUACAGGGGAAAAACCAUAUCAGUGCUUGGAAUGUGGCAAGAGCUUCUCUCGAAGAGGCCAACUCAUGGCCCAUCAAAAAAUUCAUACAGGGGAGACACCCUAUCAGUGCUUGGAAUGUGGAAAGAGCUUCAGUCACCAAGGCCAGCUCAAUGUCCAUCAAAGAAUUCAUACAGGGGAGAAGCCAUAUCAGUGCUUGGAAUGUGGAAAGAAAUUCACCCAGAGCUCCAAUCUCACAAUCCAUCACAGAAUUCAUACAGGGGAGACACCCUAUCAGUGCUUGGAAUGUGGAAAGAGCUUCAGUCACCAAGGCCAGCUCAAUGUCCAUCAAAGAAUUCAUACAGGGGAGAAGCCAUAUCAGUGCUUGGAAUGUGGAAAGAAAUUCACCCAGAGCUCCCAUCUCACAAUCCAUCACAGAAUUCAUACAGGGGAGAAACCCUAUCAGUGCUUGGAAUGUGGAAAUAGAUUUAUUGAGGAGGCCAAACUCAGGAUCCAUCAAAGAAUUCACAGCAAGAGAAAACUAUUUUAUAAUUCCUACAACAUACCCAAGAACUGUGACUUUCAAGUUCUUGGCCAAGAAUUUGGCAGAAGACGUAGGGACUUCUUUCGAUUUCUUGGAGGUGUCCUGAGAACAGAGAUGGAUGAGCAAGACUCAGCUGGGCCUGAAGCAGGAAGAGGCCAUUCCAUCCAAACUCUUAGCCAUGGAGGAAUCUGGGGAAAGUCUGUCCAAAGGAUCCUGGGUGAGGAGGACACCCUCCGCUCAGAUGUGCAGAGCCAGCAACUCAGGCGGCUUUGCAACCAGGAGGCCAAAGGACCCCGAGAGGUUUGCAACCGACUCUACCACCUUUGCCGCCAGUGGCUGAAACCAGAAACCCACACGAAAGCUGAGAUGCUGGACCUGGUGAUCUUGGAGCAGUUCCUGGCUGUCCUUCCAGCAGAGAUGGAGAGCUGGGUGAGGGAAUGCGGAGCGGAGACCAGUUCCCAGGCGGUGGCCCUGGCUGAAGGUUUCCUCCUGAGUCAGGCAGAGGAGAGAAAGCAGGCAGAGCAGCAGGGGAAGGAUCAGUUUCCAGAAAUGGGUCUGGAUUCCUCUGAAGUAGAGAGAACUCCAUUGGACUCCAGAGUAAGGCUGCUGGGAGACCGAACGAUGCCAGCAAGACCUGUUUCUCCAUCUAUUCUUGGUGGUGAAGGGGAAGCUGCCCCUGUGGAAGCAGAGCAGGGUCCAUUGUGCUUUGACGAUGUAGCUGUGCAUUUCACAGACGAGGAGUGGGCGUUGCUGGAUCCUGAGCAGAGAGCUCUGCACAAGGAAGUCAUGGAGGAGAAUCGUGGGAUCUUGGACUCUCUCGUUGCAGGGGGUGAUGAAUUGGAGCUGAAGAACGAGGGAGACCACGACAAAAGCCACAGAGUGGAGAAGUCAUAUCCAUAUUCAGAGUGCAGAGAGAGCUUCAGUCAGAGCUCCCAUUCCACUUCAAAUCAAAGAACUCCCCUUGAGAAGAAACCCUAUCAGUGCUUGGAAUGUGGAAAGAGCUUCAGGGAGAAAAACAAGCUCACUGUCCAUCAGAAAAUUCAUACAGGGGAGAAACCCUAUCAGUGCCAAGAGUGUGGAAAGAGCUUCAGUCAAAAGGGCAGUUUAAUGACCCAUCAGAGAAUUCAUACAGGGGAGAAACCUUAUCACUGCUUGGAAUGUGGAAAGAGAUUCAUUGACAGACGGCAGCUCACUGUCCAUCAGAGGAUUCAUUCAAGGGAGAAACCUUAUCGAUGCUUUGAAUGUGGAAGGAGCUUCAGUCAGAGCACCCAGCUCACUUCCCAUCACAUACUUCAUUCCGGGGGGAAACCAUAUCACUGCUUGCAAUGUGGAAAGACUUUCACUUGGAAAAUAAGUCUCACUUCCCAUCAGAGAAUUCAUACAGGUGAGAAACCCUAUCACUGCUUGGAAUGUGGAAAGAGCUUCAGACAGAGAAACAAGCUCACUGUCCAUCAGAUAAUUCAUACAGGGGAGAAACCCUAUCAGUGCCAAGAGUGUGGAAAGAGCUUCACUCAAAAGGGCAGUUUAAAUUCCCAUCAGAGAAUUCAUAGAGGAGAAAAACCUUAUCACUGCUUGGAGUGUGGCAAGAGCUUCUUUCGAGGAAGCCAGCUCACUGUCCAUCAGAGAAUUCAUAUAGGGGGAGAACCCUAUCAGUGUUUGGAAUGUGGAAAGAGCUUCAGGGAGAGAAGCAAUCUAACUGUCCAUCAGAGAAUUCAUACAGGGGAGAAACCCUAUCAGUGCCAAGAGUGUGGAAAGAGCUUCACUCAAAAGGGCAGUUUAAAUUCCCAUCAGAGAAUUCAUACAGGGGAGAAACCUUAUCACUGCUUGGAGUGUGGCAAGAGCUUCUUUCGAAGAAGCCAGCUCACUGUCCAUCAAACAAUUCAUACCGGAGAGACUCCCUAUCAGUGCUUGGAAUGUGGAAAGAGCUUCAGUCACCAAGGCCAGCUCAAUGUCCAUCAAAGAAUUCAUACAGGGGAGAAGCCAUAUCAGUGCUUGGAAUGUGGAAAAAAAUUCACCCAGAGCACCCAUCUCACAAUCCAUCACAGAAUUCAUACAGGGGAGACACCCUAUCAGUGCCUGGAAUGUGGAAAGAGCUUCAGUCACCAAGGCCAGCUCAAUGUCCAUCAAAGAAUUCAUACAGGGGAGAAGCCCUAUCAGUGCUUGGAAUGUGGAAAAAAAUUCACCCAGAGCGCCCAUCUCACAAUCCAUCACAGAAUUCAUACAGGGGAGAAACCCUAUCAGUGCUUGGAAUGUGGCAAAAGCUUCAGAAAAAAGCGCACUUUAACUUCCCAUGAGAGAAGUCAUACAGUGGAAAAACCCUAUCAGUGCCAAGAGUGUGGCAAGAGCUUCAGAAAAAAGAACAAUUUUACUUCCCAUGAGAGAAUUCAUAAAGGGGAAAAACCCUAUCAGUGCCAAGAUUGUGGCAGGGGCUUCAUUGACAGACGCUAUUUCAGUGUCCAUCAGAGGAUUCAUUCAGGGGAGAAACCCUACCAGUGCUUGGAAUGUGGAAAGAGUUUCACUUGGAAAAGAAGUUUCACUUCCCAUCAGAGAAGUCAUACAGGGGAGAAGCCAUAUCAGUGUUUCGAAUGUGGAAAGAGCUUCAUGCAAAGAGGCCUUCUCAGUGUCCAUGAAAGAAUUCAUACAGGGGAGAAGCCCUAUCAGUGCUUGGAAUGUGGAAAGAAAUUCACCCAGAGUGCCCAUCUCACAACCCAUCACAAAAUUCAUACAGGGGAGAAACCCUAUCAGUGCUUGGAAUGUGGAAAGAGAUUCAUUGAGAAGGCCAAACUCAGGAUCCAUCAAAGAAUUCACAGCAAGAGAAAACUAUUUUAGUGCCAAGAAUGUGGGAAGAGCUUCAGUCACAGGGCCCGUCUCGCUUCCCAUCAAAGAACUCACAUUGGGACUUCUGGUAUUCCCUCCACUGGAUCAUGA